UUCCGGCUGGGAGCCUGCACCGCUCUGCUGAGACCUGGCAGCCUGAGCUCGCAAUGAAGCGGCCCAGGGAGCCCAGCGGCUCCGACGGCGAGUCCGACGGACCCAUCGACGUGGGCUGCGAGGGUGAGCUUAGCCAGAUGGCCAGGCCACUAUCCACCCCCAGCCCUUCACAGAUGCAAGCCAGGAAGAAACGCAGAGGGAUCAUAGAGAAACGGCGUCGGGAUCGUAUCAACAGCAGCCUUUCGGAAUUGCGGCGCUUGGUCCCCACCGCCUUUGAGAAGCAGGGCUCCUCCAAGCUGGAGAAAGCUGAGGUCCUGCAGAUGACGGUAGAUCACUUGAAAAUGCUCCACGCCACAGGUGGGACAGGAUUCUUUGAUGCCCGAGCCCUGGCAGUUGACUUCCGGAGCAUCGGUUUCCGGGAGUGCCUCACCGAGGUCAUCAGGUACCUGGGGGUCCUGGAAGGGCCCAGCAGCCGUGCGGACCCCGUCCGGAUUCGCCUUCUCUCCCACCUUAACAACUAUGCAGCUGAGAUGGAGCCUUCGCCCUCGCCCUCCGGCCCCCUGGCCUUCCCCGCCUGGCCCUGGCCCUUCUUCCACAGCUGUCCAGGGCUGUCAGCCCCGAGCAGCCAGCUCUCCAUCUUAGGAAGAGUGCCCGGCCCUGUCCUCCCCAGCGCCUCCUCUCUUGUUUAUCCCAUCCCAGCUCUCCGAACCGCUCCCAUGCGCAGAGCCGCUGGCACCAUCCUGCCAACCAGGAGGAAUUUGCUGCCCAGUCGAGGGGCAUCUUCCACCCGGAGGGCCCGCCCUCUGGAGAGGCCAGCUGUCUCCCUGCCCAUGGCCUCCAGCAGCAGGGCUGGCAGGAGCGGCCACGUGGCACCCCUCCUGCGGUCUUCCCCCACGCCCCCCACGCCCUCUGGUGUUCUGGGGUCCCCUGCUUAUACAGGUGUUGCUGCCUCCAGGCCCGCUUCCCCAGGGCCAGCUGGGAGGCCCACAGGAGCUGUGCUGUGCCACUCCUGGGUCUCCGAAAUCACGGAAGUCGGGGCUUUCUGAGCUGACUUUCCCCUCAGGAGUGAGGAGAGCUCCUUUCCCAGGAGCUCUGAAAAUGGCACUGCCUCCUCUGCCCUGCCUCCUGGACUGGCUCAUGUAUGACAGCAUCUUCUUUACCCAUCAGAGGCCCCUCUUCCUUUGGCCCAUCUCCCCUCUCACUGCUUGCCCCAGUUUGUCUACCCAGCUCUCCUGGAGCAGUUUUGGUCUCAGAGGCUGGUCGCACUUCUUACUUGGACAAAUGAGUCCUGGGAGAGUUGAAAGAGCUGUACCCAGACCCUUCUCCUGCCCCAGUACACAUGGGGCAGCAGGCAUGAAUCUCAGCUUUGGGAACAAAGCUUUGACCUGAAAGGUACAGUAGCCUGAGGCUGGCUGCUUCACUAGACAAAGCAGACCCCAACCAGGAGCAAUGCCUGACCGGCCACAACCUUCACGGGCUGAGAGGCCGGAACAUGGUGUCUGCCUUGCUUCUUGAGACAGUAAUGGAGCAGGGGCAACAAAGAGGUCUCCUGGGAACCCUGUCUCCCCCUGCACACCUGUCUUCAGCCCACCCCAUUGCAGUGAACCACAGCAAAGACCUGCUGUCCACCACGGCCAAGGCCUUUGGGCUGGGGGCCCAGCAGGGCCUGCUCCUGCCCUCUUCCCAGCUGCAGACACCCACCCUCCAGCUGACCGACAGUUCCCUGUACACCACUAGGAGGUUUCCUGGGAUACUCUCCCAGACAGGAGCCAGGACUGAGCAAAGAGCACCCAGCUCCCUGCUUCUCAUACCGU